CUCGGGCUGAGGCUGUGAGGAGUGAUGGUGAUGGCGGGUCGGGCUGGUGGCGGUGGCGGCGGCGGCUCUCUGCUCUGAGGGUCGGGGUGACCAGGUUGGGCGGCUUCUCGAGCGUGAAAAAAAAAAACGGCUUUGGACGGGUUCACAAAGUGCUGAUUAUCAGCUAUGGCAUCCUCAUCGGAUUCUGCUGAUACCCAGGCUAAGCCGUCUAAGAGCUCAGACUACAAGACCCCAGGACUGAGGGGAAUCCGUACCACCAAUCUUUUCCGAGCUGUUAAUCCAGAGCUCUUCAUUAAGCCGAAUAAAACAGUAAUGGCCCUUGGACUCUUGAGCAUAACUGUGUGUGUUGGCUACAUUGCCUAUCUGAAUGCCACCUCUGAAAAUAAAAGGGAGUUAUAUGAAGCAAUAGAUAGCGAAGGAACAAGAUCCAUGAGACGAAAGACAUCAAAGUGGGAUUGACUUCAAGAGAAGUAAAGACUUCCAGCUAGGAAGCUUGAUGGUUGUUUCCAACAAGCUUUUUAUUGGUACAGUGUACUUGUAGGGUAAGUUGAGGAUGUUUGGAUUCUAGAAUGAUGAUGUAGAAUUAAUUGACUUUUUGGUAAACCCAUAAUGAGCAAUAAAAUGUAAUCUGUUUCUGACUUAGUAUUAACUCUUUGAGUACUUGACUCAAACCAUUGAAUUCUUAUCUGCCCAAGUUAACAAUGGAUGGACAGUAAUCAACAACAACAACAACAAAUGACAUUUCUAAUGCACCUUUCACCCACAGGAUCUCAGAGUACUUAAAUCAUGCCUUUCCUUUUUUCUCAUUAAGUUUAAGGUUUCUUGGCUCUCACAAUGGACCACUAUAUAAAAUAUGUGGCACUAACACAUACACACCAAUCGUCUGGGGCAGCAAUAACUCUUAUUAUAUACAGUAUUGGGAUUGAUUGUUUGGCUUUAUUGUACCUUGCAAAUGCUGAGCUCUCUACAUGAAGUAUGCAAAAUGUACAUCUUUAUAUGGUGGUGUUGGUGUAAAGAUGCUAGGGAUAACAUCUCCUUUUCAUUAUACUUAUUUUUUCAUGUUUUGUGUGUUUCUCACAAGAGAUGUUCUGAGACCAUGCUGAUUGUAAUCUCAGCCACUCCACAAUCACUGACCAGUGAGCUGGUUGUUGUUCCCAAACAGUGGACUGGUAGGUACCCCUGGAACUCAAACCUACCCCAAUUCCUAUUGUUUUCUCAGCAACAUUUUCCUUUAAAAUAAAAAACUGGAAAUCUGAAAUAAAAUAAACACACUUAAAGACACAUAGCGAGUCAAAUCAGUAUCUACAAGAGAAAAUGGGUUGCAUUUCUUCAAACGUAACAAAAGCUCCUAUUAGAAAUAUCAACAAAUUUGUCUCUUGCAAUAUGUGAUUUGUCUUUGGAUUUCCAGUAUCUUUUCUUAUUUAAUAUUUAUUUCUAAAUCCCUACUCCUCUGAUCAGUGUACUACAAUAAGUAGGAAUUAAUUAGACACAUGCCUUUUUAGUGACUGUACAUUUGGCUAUAUUCAGAACCAUGUAAAAUAAAGUUUAUAAUUUAUUUCAA